UUAGGCUUGUGUCUGUUUGGGCUGUCAUUGCAAAAAAAUAAUAACUUUUUAUAAAAACUACGAUGAUAUUUUUGUGUUUUAAAACAAGAUUGAUGCCAAAAGUUUUUAUCUGAUGGAAAGGAGUUAAUAUUUUGUGGUUGAAAAUCGAAGAACUUUUCGUCAAGUUGUAGGUUAUAUUUGCUCACCGAUCGACGCUUACGAUAGGCGUUUCGUUUUGAAAUUUGGAUUGAAUUACCCUUGCCCGAUUUCGAGGUUGUCAAUGAAGAUGACACAAACGCAACAAGAUAAAGAUACUGUAGAUAUCAACUUGACUCCACAGGAGCUUCAAAUUUUAUCAGAACUUGAUAGCCGUCAGUAUGGUUUCCUGCAACUCAACAAUCCUGAACAUGCUGCAAAGAAAGUUUUAGUAGUAAAGGCAAUUCAGUAUUUGGAACGGAUGCUGAGUCAAGCUCACCAACAGCUAAAAAAUGAAUCAGAUAGCCCAGAGAAGGGAAUCAAUAUUGAUCCAAAAACUUACUGCAAAUUGGGCCAUUUUAACAUUCUCAUUGAAGACUACCCAAAAGCAAUGUCAGCCUACCAGAAAUUCCGCUCUCUAAGAGCUGACCACUGGAGAGAUACCAACUAUCUUUAUGGCCUAGGACUCGUUUACUUCCACUUUAAUUCUUUCAAUUGGGCGAUCAAAGCGUUCCAGCAACUCCUGUACAUUGACCCGGUCUAUUGCCGAGCCAAUGAAGUACACUUGCGGCUAGGCUUGAUUUUCAAGGUUACCGGAGAGUUGGAGUCUUCGCUGAAGCAUUUCCAACUUACCUUGAUCGAUUCGGCUCCGUGUUCGCUCAGCCAACACGAAAUCCGAUUUCACAUUGCGCACCUGUACGAGGUCUCCAACCGGAUCAAAACAGCGAAAGAACAAUACGAACAGCUGCUGCUGGAAAAACAACUGCCCCCGCUGGUCCGAGCUGACAUCUACCGACAAUUGGGCUGGAUGCACCAUUGUGUCGAGUCGCUGGGAGAAAGGAAUCAACGCGAAUUGCAGGCCAUCCAGUAUUUGCAGCAGGCCAUCGAGGCGGAUCACAAAUCCGGGCAGAGCCUUUACUUGCUCGGUCGUUGCUACGCCUCCAUCGGCAAGGUUCACGAAGCCUUUCUGGCGUAUCGCAACUCGGUAGAUAAAACCGAAGGCAAUGCCGACACUUGGUGCUCGAUCGGAGUUCUUUAUCAGCAGCAGAACCAGCCUAUGGACGCAUUGCAAGCCUACAUAUGCGCUGUUCAACUAGAUAAAAAUCACUCUGCCGCUUGGACCAACUUAGGUAUUUUAUACGAGACUAGUAAUCAACCGCGAGACGGUCUAGCGUGCUACGUUAACGCUGCUCGAGGGAGUGCUAGCAAGAAUCACGGUAAAGCCGUGCACCCCAAUUUGCUGCAGAGGACAAAGUUCCUGCAGCAGCAGCUGGAGGGCGCUCCAACCCCUACGUCUUUCAACAAGCCUCGAUUAUUGCCUUCCAUUGAAGACGCCUGGAACUUGCCCAUCACCGCCGAGAUGAAUUCGAGGCAGCAGCAGAUGCAGCAGAGGGGAGCGGCCGGUCAGGGUGUAUUUCCUCGAGGGCCGGGAUUCGUCGAAGGGCCAUCCCAAACCAAACGCUUCAAAGUGGAGGGGCCAGUCGAAGGUGGUGGCCCCGGACCUCGGCCGCCGUUGCCUUCGUUCUACUUGACGUCGCAACAGCUCCAAAUGCUGCAGUACCUUCAGCAGAAUCAAAACAGUCUCACGCCGCAGCAGCAGCAGUUACUUUUGCAGCUGCAGAAUCAUUACCGAAUGAUGCAGCAACAUCAGCAGCAGUUGCGACUUCAGCAGCAGCAGCAACAGCAACAACAGCAGCAAAUGAUACGAGCUGGGCAGCCAUUUUCUCCUAGGCCUCAAGGACCCUUUCCUAUUGGCGGAACAGCCUUACCCCAACAGCAACAACAAAAUUUCCCGCGAGCGGCCGUACCUCAAACGUCUUCAGCUCAAAUUCCUCAACAACAACAGCAGCAGCAACAGCCUUACACGAAUAUGUCUUGCCCUCCAGCCCUCUCGUCUCCAUCCGGAGUAAGCGACCAAGAGUUGCAGGCUUUGUUGUCGCAAAAGGACAUCGCUGCUUCUUUGGCCGAAGAUCUUUUGAAGCAAUUCGCUCAAGAGGGCGAACUGGAUUUAGAGCAGCCACAGCCGGUCGUUGGGCCGACUGCAACUUUACCACCGACUCAACCGGCCACUACCAACCUCGUCCACAAUCCACCAUCCAAUAUACGCAUCGCAAAAGAACCGACGCCCGUCUUGGCCAUCGGUGGACCCAUGGGACGUUCCUCCUCGCCGCGUAAUCGUGGCGGCCUCAAAGGUCGUGGCUAUUCCAAGAUCAUGGAAGAUGCGUCAGAUACGGAAGAGGAGAAAUUCCAAUGCAACAGCAGUGACUCGAAUAGCAGCAGCAGCCAACUCAAAGAAGCCAACAUUAACAUGUCGGCCCGUGAAGUUUUGGAUUCUUGUCGCGGAGCCGUCGGUUUCCAGGGUUUGCGCCAUUUCCACAUUUUAUCAGUCAGCAUGCCUCCGCCUCAGCCGGCGGAACCUCCCGCCAUUCGGUUGACCCGCGAGCAACUCUUGCCUCCCACGCCGAGCGUCUACUUGGAGAGUAAAAAAGAUGCCUUCAGCAUCCAGCUGCAAGAAUUUUGCCUUAAGCAUCCCAUCGCCGUCGUGCGGGGCAUGGCGUCGGCCUUAAAAAUGGGUCAGUCUUUUUAUCAUUGCAGCUGGCCCUGCUCGGUCAACUGGGAGUCCAAGAUGGCCAACAACCGGUCCUACAUCCUCUACAUGUUUACCUUUGGAUUAUUCGUCCCUCUGGUCGUCAUCAUUUGCUCUUACGUCAGCAUCCUACGCGUCGUGAGAAAGACGGGCAAGUUCAAGAGGUCGAUGAUUGCGACGCUUCAGCCGACGCCGCAACACCAAAUCAACGACCACCAACCGCAUCCGACGGCCAAGAAAAUGGAACAGAAAAAAGGAAACGACGCGGCCGAGAAACGGGUGACGGUGAUGGUGGCCUGUAUGGUCGGCGCCUUUCUGGCCGCCUGGACUCCUUAUUCCAUUCUGGCCCUCUUCGAGACUUUCAUCGGAGUCGCCGACCAUUCCGCCGGACCAGGCAGGAACAUGUCGACGACGUUGAGCCUCGACGGCCAGCCGGAUGGGGAGGAUAAUUACUUUUAUUACGUAGAAGCUAUUUCGCCGGCAUUCGCCACCAUUCCGUCGCUCUUCGCCAAAUCAUCCGCCGUCCUCAAUCCGCUCAUCUACGGACUUCUCAACACUCAGUUCCGAUUGGCCUGGGAUAAAUUUACGACGCAGCUCCUGGGUCGCCAGCACCACCAACACAAUCACCGCCGCCAUAAGAAUAAACACCUGCGACACUUACUCAACUGCCCAAGUGGAUCGCCAACGUUAAAGCCAUCAGCUUCUGUCCACCUUUCGAUGAAAGAUAUUGUCUCCAACGAGUCGCAAUCGGCUUACGUCAUGGCCAACACGCACACCGGGCAGCCGGGCAUCAACUUAGCCAUCAGUCCUCCCAUUACGCGUUACCUCCUCCAGCAACAACGGCGCCAGCCGUCAAAGUCCGGUCUCUUUGACGAACCUGAGACGUCCUUCACCUACCAACAGCCCAUCGGGAUGAAACCGUGCAAGAAUUCCCUGCAGGAUCAGCCGGAAGAGGAGGUCAUCAAGUCGGUGAUGCUGCUGGCAGUCGGUUCCAUCUCCAGGAGCGUCAUCAACGACAACCCGAACGAAGACUCUGCUUUCUCUCAGCAGACGUCGUUCAUCGAAGACGCCAACGACAGCGGGUUGGUCCUUCAUGGCGACACAGUCCCGUCACAGUCGCUAAUUAGGCUGCCGGCAACGACCCAAUCCAAUCAAAACGAUCGCAGAGUCAUCGACGCUGGCGAUGGUGGGGCCAAUGCUGUGAUAGGAGCCGACAACAUCAUCAGGAUCAGUUACAUCACGGCGUCUGUUGAUUGCUGAGCGGUUAUGGCUUCGUCGAAUCGGAACGGGAAAUUUGAUGACAAACCUUUAUCGACAAGUUCAAAAUGAGCUGAGAUUAUGUAGAGCUAUGUAGAGUAUCCUAUUGUGUAAUCCAAAAGUUCCGUAUCAUUUUUCAUAUCAAAGAUGAGCUAUUAUAAGCUUCACUAGUUAUUAAUACGACAUCGGGUAAUCACCCUUUUCAAUUAUUUCCUACAGCCACCGGAAAUGUAAAUUGAUCUCACACGACGCUUUUUGCAUAGUCUAUAUAUUCCUAUUCCCGAUUUGAUGUUUAUUCAUGAUUCCCAUGGAACCUUAAAGAAAUGCCCACUCUUAUUAUCCUAAUUAUUAUGCAAAUAAUCUCAAACGUUGACGAAUAUUAUUCUAAAUUUUAAGCCGUAUUAUGGCAAUUUGAGAAGAUUGUUUUCCGUUGUAUAGUUUGAUUCAAACGAAUAACCCACUGUCGUUAUAUAUUGCCCGUGUGUCUUUCCUCGCUUGUCAAUCACAAAUCACAUCAGAUUAACUAUUAUUAUGGUCUAGAGCCUCUAGACAUUUAAAAAUACCAUAUCCAACAUAACCAAAAAAAUUAUUCUGGAUAUACUUGUUAGUUGUUACAAGUGUUUUAACAUACAGCUAUAAUUGAUCACAGGGUUGUCUGUAUAAAUAAAACAUUUU